GAUGACACACUGUCUUUUAUGAAAUCCGAAGAAGAGUUGAAAAACGCACUGAUAAAGGUAAGAAGAAUUACGCGAUUAUAAAAGUUCACGAUACCCAGCAUCAUCGAUGGGAUAAAAGCUAUGUCACGUGGUAUUUCAGGAGGCAAACAAGUGAUAAAAUUUCCCAAAAGGAGUAGUCGCGGUCGAGUUUGUUUAUCAUUAUUGUUUGCUGUGAGGACAUCUGUAGUCUCUACUGCGCCGUAACAACGGCGACUUCUACCCAUAAUUUUCCAUUUAUGUCUUUUAGAUGAAAAGUUCCUCAUGCUCUGUUGUCUAUCUAGAAUUAACAAACUCAACCGCGAUUUCUUGCAUUAGCAAAUUUUUUUCACUUGUUUGCCCCCCUGCGAAGAUGGGAAACAGGCCGGUACAUAGCUUGUAUCCCAUCAGUCCUAAGCUCGUGCGGGAUCGAGGGUAACGUGAAUAAGGUCUAGAAACAAUCUUGAGUAUAACACUUUGGCAGAUACGAUAUACGUACAUACAACAUACAAAUGGUCGCUGACUGUUCUUUUUUGCAGGAUUUAGGUUUACGCUUUGGCCAAGCCUUUAAAUUCAGCAGACAUUGGUUCAACAAAUAUCAUAAAGAGACAGGUUAGGAGGAUCUUAGCUGCGAUAAACGUGGUCAUUUUAAACUUUCAGCUGGUUCUUUGACUCUUGGUUACAACAGAGAAUGACAUAAAUGGUCACUGGUUAAUGGACGUUACCAAAUUGUUUGAAAUUGGCCAUUUUCCACAUAAAAUGGUUGAAUUUACCAAUUCAGCAUAAAGCACGUCUGUAAACCGAAGAAAAAAGCAAUUCUCAUGUUGACGUCCGCUUUGGCCGUUUUUGGUCCAUAUGGACCCAUGCAUAUUAUUCUUCUUGUGAUUAAGCUUUAUAUUUAAGCUACUAGGUAAUUUACAAAAUCAGCGAGGAUAGAUCUUUCCAUCUUUAGGGCUAAACUUUUGCUAAGUUAACCAUUUUUUUAAGAACCUGUUUAGGCUAGCCUGCAUAGAAAAAUCCAGGUUCUCAGUCGCGGGCUUUUGCUGUCUUCCCUGGGUUUAGUUACAAUAAGGCAAAUAAUAGGUUUUUGAACAGUCUUAGAAAGAACAACGUUGAAGCCGAAGUUGAAUUUACCUAAAAACUUAUGGAAAGGGCUAGGGUCACAUGUUAUUGAUGUAUCAGUCCAGAAAUACAAUUUGCUAAUUUGUGUUCCUAAAUUUUUCGGAAUUUCGGAGGGUCGAUGUGUCACUCUAGUGGUAAGGGAGCUCGAGAGAGCUUAGGAUACGAAAGGUCCGGGUUCGAGGUCCAGUUUUCUUUUUAAUGGAAACACUCUCAAUAAUAAUUGUCCUAAAAAUGGCAGCGACCGUUUACUAAAGGGAAAUUUGCGGCGACGCCAUAAUUUGGCAUGUAUAACGUAUUUGUCGUGGUCUUUGAACGAGAAAAAUAUAUCUAUUACGACUUCACUCUUACCUCUGUCUACACUCAUGUCUAGUUUGCUUUUUAUAUGCUUUCUUUUUUCGAAAAUAAAUGCCGAUCAUCGCAACCAAGCAGGUACCUCGACAACAGGUGGUUCCAGAGAGGAGAAGGCAGACGAAACAGAGACGACGCCCAUUGCUACAAAUGAAAAGUUCGCACGAGAUGAACAGAUUGAACGUGAAAUCAGGAGCGAUGAAUGUUCCGUGGAAGCUGGAAAGGGGAGUCAAGAAUUCGAAGUUCCAUUGCCGGCGGGUGGGUAUCUUCAGUAUACUACUGAAUUAAAGUGUGCAAUACUACCUUUCAUCUUCGGUGGGAAUUUUAAGUGCAAAGUUAAUUAGCUUUAAUUCUUCUAGAGUUGUGUCUACAGUUAUGAUGAUCUUCUUUACUUUUAAUUGUUUAAGAAACUUUCACAUUAAAAAUACAAAAAUUUGAAAAUAAUGAAAAUCACCUCAUUUUUUACUCUUUUCCCGUUCCCUUGUUUUCUUUCUUCCUUCUUAUUACUUGCGCACGUGAUAUUAUUGCAAACAUUGUAAUGUUAUGUUCUACUAAACUAGAUAAAAAAGCCGAAGAUUUAAAUGCCGAUCACGCCGAACAUUAUAAAGAAGAUCUGCUGGCAAGCGAAGGGACUCUCGUGUCAAGUGUAAAUGAGCAUAGACAUCUAGCUGAAAACCGUGGAGAUACCAGCACCAGUAGAAAAAGAGAGACCGACAACGACCAAGAUGCGAGACACGAACUGACAGAGGGAGCUGCCGGUUAGUAAAAAAGCUUUUGAAUUUGCAUUCUUCUGUUUUUUUUUGUAUUGUUUUGGAUUUUAGUUAGUUUAGUCCCCGAUUAUAGAACAUAUUUUUGGUUUCAUAACAACACACUGGAACUCGUCAAGCGAGAACAUGGGUUCAUUGUUUAUUUCCAUAUUAGUGCUUGUAUAGCAAUGCUAUCACUGAAUAAAAAUAAUCGACUAACUCCAAUUCAAAAUCAUCUUUUAAAUGAUUAGUCAUAAUUGUGACAGCCAUUGCCGAAGUAGCCUGCGUACUGAAGAGUGUUGUGACUCUUUGUUACCAAUAUCCCUCGCGUUUCCCUUCCCCCCAUCCCUACCCUUUUCGACGCCUGCGGGGCAGGCUAUUGCCGAAGCCGUGUUACUAAGUGUCCAACAACCUUAAUUUCUGUUACUUGAUGGAUUAAUGAUCAAGUUUUACGACGGAUAAAAAUCGUCUGUAGUUGCUCAGAUCACAUCAUUAUCUCACCUAAUGCUUUUCAGUCACAUAUUUUAGGUUUUGGCAUGUUUCUGUUUCUAUUUAAACCUAGAAUAGUCUAAUGGUCAAAAAUUUAUAAGUUACCAGAUGGCGCUCUGAGGGCGAAGGUAAAAGAGACCAGAUUUGCGAAUUCUCACAGACGGUAAACUCUAAGACAGGCAAACUUGCCCUCAAAAUCAUGUUGAGGCAAAAUUGCCCAUUUCUUUCAUUUUUUUUCUCCCGGUCAAUUUCGUUUUGGUAAAAAAGACCAUUUUUUGGCAUUGUUUUUUCAAGUUUUGCCGAAGACCAGUAAGCGAAUGUUCAUCGAUACUAUUGGAAAGAUCGCCUUAAAAUUAUUAAACUGGCGAACCAAGUUUAAAGGUCCAAAGUGAGCGAAGAUAUAGCUCUACAAAGUCGCUAGAUUUUACAGACGUUAGUAUAGUGGGAGCACGAACUUACCCCACACCAUACAAACGUCUGUAAAAUUACAACAAAUCAAUUUCAAUCUUGGCAAGUUUACUGAUUUUAGGGUGUUCUUCCCAGUAGUGGAUUUUUUGAAAAAUGUCUAUCGUCCAGUUUCGGCAUUUAUUGAAUUGCGUUUUUUGUUGUUGAAUAGAUCAAGGGGACCAAAGUACAAGUGUUGAUACAGUUGACGAUUGUUACAAACAAACCAUCGAAGUGAUUGUAGCCGGUAGCCAAGAUGACGAUAGGCCCAAUUCGUUGACAUGUAGUGUGUGUGAUGACCUGGAAGCCGAUAAGAAAGACGCAAAUCACAAGAAGGUUCCGGAUCCAUCGAAAGGAAGUGGCCACCUUUCAAAUGCAGAUGACGAAAUGACGAACUGGAAUGAGCUCCAAAAGGGGAUUAAUCAAACUAAUCAGAUCCAUGGAAAGUGCAAGAAGGAAAGCCAUAUAUCCUUGGAUGAGAAAAGUAGGUAUAGAGUACUUUUAAGAUAUUGGUCUACCAUUUAGCUUGAACACAUCCUCGGAGACCAAUGGGCAGUCAGUCGGUGCGAGAAAAACGGCGGCACCGUUCUUAAAAACUUUCGUCGCCGUUUUUCCUGACCCUACUGAUCGCUUCUGGGUCUCCGAGGAUGGCUUGAACAAGGUAUACAGUAAAACCUUUUAGAGUCCUUAUUAUAGACAAAUCUGUCAAAUAAUCGAUGCCAAAAAAUCAUCAUAGGAAAUAGUGAGAUCGACCAUCAGUCCGCUCUGGUUUGAUGUAAGCCAUUUUGAAAUCAGUGAGAAUGCAUCCAAUAGUCCUAUUGAUGGUCUCGUUUUUUACAGAGUUGUAUACGCCAUGUAUGUUGAAGCCAAAUUGGCAGGAAUAAUUUCCAGUUCAGUUAGGCUCAGUUCAUACGAGUCGUAAUUGUUGUAACCGGGGCUAUUUGGCAUUCGUUCCAAAAGGUUUGUCGUCAUCUGAUUUUAACUGCUGUUCAAACGAAAACGCAAGAAAGUGUGAGGACGCACAGGAUAAACCAGCUUGUGGCGAUACUUCAAGAUUGAAUUCAGUGUCUGACUUGAACAACAAUUCAGUGCAGAUUACUGCGAGUGAGUUGGUUGCUUCCACCACGGAACCAUCUGAAAGAAAAGAUAAAUCGAUGGCCGAAAAAGAACAGAAAGUAGAGGAGGUUUCUGGCAACAACAAAGAGGAACGUUGUGGUACUACCCUUAAUAAGCAAGUAACUCUAGUGGCAAAGAGUGAACAGGAGAAAGAAAGUCACAAAGAUGCUUCUGCAUUAGCUUCUAAAUGUGAGCAACUUAAUAUUUUAUAUGAAAUUUAUAUAUUCAGCAUUUUAUUUUGACAUGUUAACUUAUGAAAGUUCGACGAGUAUUUACAAAUUGUCAUUUUAUUCCAAUCAAAAUAGGAAGAGCAGAAAUAUUUUGCAGCCCCCUGCAGGAGAUGCAACUUUGUAAAUGAAAUUAGCACUUUGCACAUUCUGAUAGACUUUGUUUUAACUAUUAUUCAGGUAAAACCAGGAUGUUCGGCAUUAAAGGGAAAGACCACUCUUAUCAGAAAGGCUCUGUCCUGGAUGCAGAGGAAAACAGAGAAGUAGAAUUCAAAUCUCUUACUGGUGCACACCCCUCAACACUCCCUUGGAAAAUGAUGGAGAAAGCAAAAAAGUUCAUUUGUGCCUGUUUAAAUGCUGAUAGUAAAGGAAUAAUCUACUUCGGAGUCGGAGACUCACAAGAGCAAUGUUCCAAGUUUAAACGAGGAGAAAUUCUCGGACUCGAUGUUGAAGAUGUCAUUGAUGAUGUUGUUAAAGCUUUCCAAUUUGUUCUUGAUGAUCACAUUAAGAGUGAUGCUGGCCCACUUCAGAAGGGAGGGGAGCAGAAUUGUGUCAGAAUAGAGUUUGUUCCAGUAGUAAGCCAAGAAAGUCGUACAGGUCUUUAUGUCAUUGAAAUUGAAGUGAACCGAGACUGGAAGUUUUGUAAGGACAACGUUUACUAUUGCAAAUCCUGGGCUGAAAAGCGAGGAGUUCACAAAGAUGAAGACACAUUCGUGAAGAAGGCCCUUAGCGACUUCUACAAAGUCCACAAAGAUCAGUAUGACGACGCAGCCAUUAGGACCAAUGGCGCCUCAACAAACGUGAAGCAGCAUGAGGUUAAUCGGCAAGUGAAAGAACCUCUUAUGGCGAAGUACAAGGAAUGGAAGAGGGACACAAAACUUGGUUAGUGUCAUAAAGAUUUAACGUUAUCAAAUUCUUUCUCUAGCCACAAGUGAUAUGACUUAAAAUCAAUUACUAAAUUAUCUUAGAGUAACCCGUGAAUGGAAUGGGGAAGGAAGGUUGCCCAACUCGACCUCUAAAGAAUUCUGCCUAAUGAUUUAAAAGUGGAUGUGGACGACGUCAUAAGAACAAACAGAAAUAUAGAACAAAGACAACAACAAAAAUGACAAAAAAAGUACUUUUCUUCAAAUCCUGGAGGAUAAAGCUCCUGGUAUAAAAAUGUUCCCGUCAAAUAGGCGAGAUGAUUACUAGAAAGCUGAUUGGUACUGCUGAGAGGACUGACUGGUCAAGGCAGUUUGUAACCUUAAUGACUCUAGCCGUUAACGGAAGCGUCGACGAAGUUAAAGAGCCGUUGUCGGUAGACGAGUACCGAGUGUUUUUCUAUUUUAUUCACACUCAAUAAAAGCUUUCUAAGUUGUUUUCUUUUCCUUUAUAACAGGCGCUGAUAUGUCAACAGAAGGUAAGUACAUCCUUCGUGAUUUUGUACAAAGGUUAUAGUGUUGUUUUUUUUUCUGUUUCUCUGACAUCCUCUGGUUUCACCGAACGAAGGACACAUCUAGGUAUUCGUAGCGAACCUAUAAACUAAUUAAGUAUCUACUUCUCAUGGAUCAACUGUGUCCUUGGUGUACUGUUUACCGGCCUGAUAUCUACUUAAACACACACCAUUACCAGUAAACUAUCGCCCUGCAUGCCGAUGGUAGCAAGUUUUAUAUUUGUUAUUGUUAUUGUCAGAAGUCUUAAGUAAUGUUGAUACAGUCUGUCUCAUUCAAAAUAGAUCCUACCAUGGAAUUAUUACGCAUAAACCUGUUCUGUGUUUCAGAUCCUAUCCCAGAUGAUGCAGACGUCAAAAGGCUAAGUACUUUGGUAAGAGAGAGGCUACGGGAAUUGAACUUUAAGGAAUUUAGUUACGUGUUAAUUGCCAACAAGUUGCCCUCCCGUUACAGAGGUACGCCAGAUUUGUCUUUUCUGCAAAACAUCCCGUGGCUUGCAGUAUUUGAUUUGUUUGAUACUGCGUCUAAAAAAGAUGGACUGUACUACAUUUGCAACGAAACAACAGAUGCACUGAGAGCUAAUCUGAGAAACCUCGAAGAUUAUGGGGAAUGUCUGUCUGACUGGAUAUCUGGAAACGACUUCCACAUAUCAACCCGAGAAACGACCUGGAUUUUGGGAAAUGAGGAAAUGUUGAAAGAAGACUGGAUAAAAUGUUCCCGGGACUGUUUCUAUCGCGCUCUUUCCACGUAUAAACGCUGUUGUCCCCUCGGACGGCUUUUAUGCGUCUUUCUUGUUCUUGAUGAAACCAAUGUCCAGGAGAUGGUCGAUAUGAUGGAAUGUUGUUUUAGUAUCCUUGGAAAAUCUGCAAGCAACAGCAUCACUAUCAUGAGUGAAAACAAGCAUGUGUCUGAGGCCUUUAUCAAAGCUUCUAAGCUGCAGAGGGAAAUUAUAGAAUGCUCCAUCCCUGGGAUUCCGUGGAAAUUGUUGAAAGAAGUCGUCCGUGAAAUGGUUGGACCAACCAAGUUUGACGAAAGAGGAGCUAAGACGGAACUCCCAUAUUUUACUGGUCUCAAGGAAGUUUUCAACAAAAUUAUUAACUCUUGGAAUGAUUUAGAAGUCUACAGUCCAAAUCCCCGGCUGCCGAGUUUACUGGAAGAUAUUGAGAAAGAAAGAAAUGCCUUUUACAAGGGUGCACAAGCUAGCCAAACUAAUUUGUUUCACAAUCAUUGUAUUCCAAGAUCACUAGAAGACGAGACGCUUUUAAGAACUGGGCAAGCAUUGAAGUCGUUGUCUAAGCCAAUUAAGGACCUCACUUGUCACGUCAAAACUGUCACUGUUACCUACGAACCGGGGUCUGGGGCAACUACUAUGUGCAGAAGAAUCUUGUGGAGCAAGCGCGAGGAAUACCGCUGCGCAGUAGUCAAGGCAAUUACACCCAGUACUGAUUUUCAAAUCGAACAACUUCAGGGGAUCAUGUAUGACGAAGAAAACUUUAAAUUUUCCCCUCCCUGUAUAGUCCUGGUCGAUAACUUCCCCGAAAACGAGACAAGACGCUUAACGGAGAAGAUCUUGAAAAGGCAGACUAAGUGCGUCAUUCUUUCUACUUGUCCAAUCGCAAAGUCUAGCGCCGACUCCGAUCACGACUUGUCCUUGCGACAACUGGACGAGAAAGAGAUGAGUCGCGUGAAGAAUAUUUUGAUCACUAUUACAAGUGACAACGAGCGAAGAAGGGGCGCACAAGAGGUUCUUGAAAGAGAGAAACGAUUCAUUUGGUUUGGACUGGAGUUAUUUGGACGCAACUACGACAAGAUUGAGGAGAGGCUUCAAAAUCACAUCAGGAGCACACUUGAGUUGUUGGACGAUUCUAAAGACAGUCAUGAAAUGGUCCUAAAUUUCUGUUGCUUUCUUCAUUAUUACAGUGAUAGCCGAGCAAUUCUUCCCCACCCAGUUGUCAGUGAUUUUCUCUAUGAAGCCAGCAAUGAGUCUGAACAAGAUUUCGCCUUAAUGCAGCGCAUUCAUGACAUUUUUGGAGGACUUCUCCUUGAAGGAUUUAAUGAAAAAAAUGGUUACUUUGGAUGGAGGCCGGCACACUCUCUCGUCAGUGAAGCCGUUACAUCAAAACUCAACAUCGAAGACACAGCUAUCGCUUUACUAGACGCAACUAACAAAGGAAAAGCCUAUGUAAACAAGUAUUUGAAGGAUGAAGUUUUUAAGGUGUUCUUGGCACGUAAGAAAAUUUCCGACGCAGUUUUUCUCGAGGAUAAAGGAACAGAUGAUGGAAGCAUUGAAUCUGACUUUGAGGACGAGGUACUUGGGUUUUACGAAGUUAAAACAAGGUAUUCUCCUUUGGUAUUGGAUAUCCUGAAAGCAGAUGAUGGUAUUCAAAGAGCCCUCCGAUUAUUCACCACAAUCUGUGAAAUGGCCUUUGAACAUGAGAAUAAGGCUUACGCUUGGCAGCAGCUUGCACGAUUCAUGGGAUACGAAAUGCGUGGAAAUGAAAUGGAUGACAAGAACGAGCAACAUAACCGUCUUCAAGCAGCCAUGAAUAAAGAACAGGACCCCAAGUUACCCAUGCCUAAAACGGGUAUUGAAGCAGCACAUAUGGCAGUUGAUAUUGCCAUAAAGCAGCAACCCAAGAGAAGUCAUCACUAUGGUACCAAAGGAACUCUGUACCUUCUGCAGCUAAGAGAUUUCAAACCAAAUGCAGAGCGACCUUCCGUUCUUGCCUCAGUGCCUAAAGUGAUCGACAUCUGCCGCAAAGCAUUAGAAGUCUAUGACAUAGCACUAAGCACAACACAUCAACUUGAUUACUACUCGAUGAUUGGAAAAAUUCAAGCCAUCGUUUCACUUUUUGAAGUUGUCAAAGGAUUGCCUUUCUUUCGAUCAGAUAUUGAGAGCAUUACACAGUAUCUGAAGAAAGGUGAAAUUCCGAAAGAAAUGGAAGACGUACUCACUAAGAAACAAAACAACUACAUUAAGACACUAAGUACCACAACACUUGGUCUUCUCAACAAAGUCUUUGGAGAUGUUAAGUUCAGGCACAUGACCACCUACGACGAGAACGCCAUCAGAGUUUUAAAUGACGCUAGAAUAAGGGCGUCAAAACUACGACGAACUUUUUAUGAACUAACCGGUUUUGACAGAAGUGAAAUCAAUGAUGUGGAAGUUCCGAUGCCUUCCCAAUCGCUAACAAGGGAUGAGAUAGCUUUUUACCAACAGUUUGCCCAAGAUAUCUUGUUUAAGAACAGUGAAACUCCAUACAGUACUUGGGUGAACAUAAAUGACGAACGAGCUUCCCUGAUUUACAACGCGCUUAAGGUACUUUGCUCGAAUGGAAAGGGAAGCCAUGACGACAUGUUAAUCUGCUGCAAAGCGUGCCUUCGUUUAAAAGAGAGGCCAUCAGUAAUGGAACUCGACAAAAUUGUGAGCAUUUGGGUUUCAAAGUGUCCGACAUCAGCGUGGGCCAAUCUAUACAACUACAUGAUUCAUUUUCCAGUUCCCGAUAAAUGCCUAGCCACCUUCAAUCAUGAAGCUAACGAAUCGAUCAAGAAAUGUAAUCAGAUUGUUCUGGAAAAAACGGGAAAAGGAUUUCGCAAAUCUAGUGCUGACUAUUUCCUUGGGAAGGGAACUGGUCUGUACGCCAUUGCAAACAGCCUACAGUUCCCAGCGCUGGAUACCAAAGGGGAAACUAAGACUGACUUUUGGAGAAGUAAGGAGGUGUCAGAGAAGCUGGAACGAGUACGUGGUCAAAAGGACGUCAAUUCUAAUGGUGUUAUAACAUACAAAGGAAUUCAGCUACGCUUUGACGAAAAACGCUAUCCAAAGCAGAGCAAAGAUGACUUGUGGUUUUAUGUUGGAUUUUCUGUCUCUGGCCCUUAUGCAUAUGACCCAGUCGACAAUGAUACAUACACCAUCUUGUGUUCCAGUGCCAGCGAAAGUGGAGAAAGGAAACUAUUUGAAUUAAAGAUGAACGCUCCAAAGAAAGCAAAAAACUUCUCUCUUUCGUCCAAGUGCUUCAAUACCCAUGUCCAAAGUGCGAAGUUAUCCUGGGAAAGUGUUGAUAGCGUUAAUGAGCCAACUACAUCAAGUCAUGCCUCGUACUCGUCUGCCCUGCAACUUAAGAGCACUCCACCAGAAGAGCAGACGUCAAAACCCCCCCUCACCAGUCAGCAAAGUGGUCCCUGGAAUUUAAUGUGUGUUAAACAUCGAAAAUGGAAGUCCGUCGAGGGCACUCGUGGUUUGGAUAAGCGCACCUUCCAAGCCACAUGUGUUGACAAAAAAACAGGGAAGCUUCAUCAUGGUGCAGGGGUACUUUCCGCUGAAAAGUCAAGGGAAUGCGAUACUCAUACAAGCGAAGGCUGGGACAUCAACAUUACAAGCCGCUGUCCCUUCGCUCAUUCUUGGAUGGGUGAUACUCUUCAGUACGUGUGUUAUAAGUGCACUCGAGACGGCAAACAGAUAUGCAGAGAAAAGCGGAAUCAUGAGCAGUUUAUUUGGAACUUGGGGCCUUACUACACUGAGGAAGGAACAGUGUGGAAAGAAACACCCCACGAAUGCCCGGAGAAAACGAAAAAGCCAUCGAGGAAGAAACAGUUCAAAUAAAGGGCUUUCAACGGCAGUCAAGUAUUUUAUGGAGCAUUUGUUGCAAACGAUUUAAAUAUCCAAACAAAACAAAAACGGCUACGACAUUGGAAUACGUACUUAUUGAAAAUUAGAUUUGUUUACACACUGAAGAACUACUUAACUAGGAAAGACCCAACAGUUGUUUAAUUUUUAAGACACGAAGCUUAUUAGUGAUCAUAAUUUUGUGUAACCGAAGUACCGCAUUUGCUACAAGCACAAUUGAAGACAGGAAGAGGCCAAUGAGGGAAGGCUUCUGAUAGUCAGGUUCAGUUACAAUAGCUAGCCAUAAAGGGAGGAAAUUACGAUUUUUUCAAAUUGUCUGUUGCUUGUCAAUACUGGCCUUGAGCUGCCCUCAGAGGAAGGAAGAGGUUACUCGAAGGAAUCUGCGUCUCACCGCCAAACGGUCAGGAACUUUCAAUGACCACGACGGGCCGGAUUUAUGUAGCAUACAAUCAUAAAGAGACUUUCUUGAGGUUUGUAAAGUUUAACUGCUGCUGCGUUGUGGUACUGGACUUGAUGUUGAUCAGAUCUGCAACUUAUUGCACUUUGUUGCCAGCAGACGAGGUUGCCCAUUGAAUGCAAAGGAUCAACUCACUAUUUGACACCGACGUUGGGAUGGUCAGCUUGUGGACAACAGUCUUUCAAAUCUGUUUGCCAUGUCGAUGUGGGGGUUUUGGCUGAUGAUAUCCGGUGUAAAGAAAGUUGUUGUUGGCUGCAGGGCAGGACGUUAAGAUUUCAAGCCAACCUAUCACGCGUUUUCGUUUUUUGUUUUUGCAUUCACCCUAAAUGUGCGAAACAGUUUUUGCCCUCAAAUUGGUUUUUUGACUUUUGAAACUAUCUUGCUUUUUGAGAUCAAAGAAAUCACUGCACUCAGUGGCCCUGCUGCAUUUUAUUCCAAGCUAUAUGAAAUUUUUAUCAGCUCCUUCGUCGUUGACUCAGCCGUGGAAUGUCUAAUUUUUACUCUGUCGGCUUUAAAUUUAUUAGUAUUUGAGCUUCACUUCAUUAAAGCGACUGUGCCGCAUACGUUGCUCAAGUAGUGCUAGAAUAUUAUCACUCUUUUCAGUUUUAAAUACCUCAGAACAAAAGGCCGUUGGACAGCUUGUCCCAAGAUUCCUGAAUAUUCAAAACAAAGUUUCUUAGAGACGUCAGCCCCGUGUUUAUUUUUCUAAAGGUAAACCUUGACUCCAGAUAUUUGCUCAUUUUUGCAGGAGAAAAUAGCAUGACGAUGAUGUUAAGUAUUUUAGUAUUGCAUUGUUUUGAAUAAUUUUUUUAUACUUUCUAAUUCCUUUCAGUAUUUUUACAGUCAACUCUCUCUCUACGGACCUCCCACUCUAAGAUGGACACCUGGUGUUGGUCCCUGCCGUUUUUCAGUCAUUUUACUGUAACUAUACUCUCUAUAAGACGGAAACUUCUUUGAGACGGACGACAGACACUUUUGAAACCGUUAACAGACAUUUGAGAGGUGAUUUAUGUCCAGUGAAAAAUACCUCAAAACGGAAAUGUAGGUGCUCUGCAUGACAGUUUCUGCUACAAUAUCCCAGUUUUAGCUGUUAGGAGAAGUUAAACCGACGUCGUUUCAUUGCGAAUGGGUUCUUGGGUUGUGAUGAUUUCUCACAAUUACUGUUGUCACGUUACCUCGACGCCUCACUAAGACAGACAGUCAGGGCCGGCCCUCUUAGAGAGAAUUGACUGUAUUAUCUAUCAGUGGAAAGUCCUUCUAUUCGAAGUAAACGAAUUGAACUUCCUUCCUGUUGCUACCACUGCGCACGUAUUCCGUGUCUGCUUUGUAACCACACGUUUUUGAAACCUGAUUCCUUGUAAGUUUGUCCUUUUGGAAGCAUCUGCUUGUAGAACUUAAAACAGUCGGUAAGUUUUCUUGUAUUUCGGACGUUUACUUUCGAACUUUUAAACAUUGAACUUAUUGUAAGCUCAUAUUUUGGUUUUAGAAAACCUCAACUCGUGCGUGGGAUAUACGGUAUAUAAUUCAUUUGCAC